AACUGGCAGUCGUAGAGCGAGCUGUCAAAUGCUUGUUGCUUGUGUCAAAUUUGUGCUACAAAGUAACGAAGAGAAAUCAAGCACCUUGUUGUUUUCCUGUUAAAAAGUGUCUAUAGCUUGGUAAUACGACAAUAAUUAAGUGGACCAUUGAACAGCACCUUGUUCUCUUUACUUCACGUGAUGACGAGAUCACCAACAGAAAGUGCUUUUCAAAAAACAUCUCCAACUUCAACCUGCUCUCUGGUCUAAAUGUGCAUGGGAAGCCAACCCUCCCUUCUAGGCCAGGCCUGAGCAGUGCCGGGAUACUUCAGCUGCAAAUCUUCAGCCGCCUCCAAUUUAUUUCUGAACAACUCCAGUGGCUAAGGUAUCCCAAGGGGAAAGAUUUACUGGAGGGAAGAACUACCAAAGCACAAAUUGUGAAAAGUUGGCAAAGUCAAUACCAGGUCAAGUCUUCAUGAAUAUUCUUUCAAGGAGUGCCAUUGCCUCGACAUACUAUUAAUGAGAGAGUCCUUGUCAGUGGAGGAGGAUAGACACACCGUUGUAUCACAGAGCAAGCCCUCAACCCUUCCAGAGGUUUCCCAUUGGUGCAAACUGAUUGAUGAGUGAUUGCUCGUUGAUCGAUUAGCCUUCCAGCUGAUGCAGUGAGGCCAGUCUGGUUGCUUCAUAUGAUUUGUAAACUUUUCAAGCACUAAUCAGACAGAGACAAAAGUUGUAAACUUUUUUUUAAUGUGUUGCCGUUUUUUGAGUUAAGAGUCAACUCAACUGAUACAUUGGACUGGCAGCGUUCGAUUGGAACCUCUUGACAUGGCUCUCAAUAUAUCUUCAGUAAGGGACACAAAAUGGCUGACGUUGGAAGUGUGUCGGCAGUUUCAGAGAGGAACUUGCUCACGGAGUGAUGAGGAAUGCAAGUUUGCACACCCACCAACGAGCUGCCAGGUUGAAAAUGGAAGAGUUAUUGCCUGCUUCGACUCGUUAAAGGGUCGUUGUUCAAGAGAAAACUGUAAGUACCUUCAUCCACCUUCUCAUUUAAAAACCCAGCUGGAGAUUAACGGACGCAACAACCUCAUCCAGCAGAAGACGGCAGCAGCCAUGCUGGCCCAGCAGAUGCACUUCAUGAUCCCAGGCACGAGCAUGCAGCCUGUACCUGCGUUCAAUGUCGCCCAGGGGCUUGGUACGAGCCCAGGUCUCAGCUACUCUCCUUACCUUACACCCAUGACCUCCAUGAGCCAUGGGAUGAGCCUGAUACCCACGGAGCUGCUCCCCAACACCCCAGUGAUGGUUCCUGGAAGCCCCCCGGUCACACUCCAGAGCUCAAACUCGUCCUCCUCUUCCCCCUCACAGAAGCUAUUGCGCAUCGACAAACUGGAGGUGUGUCGUGAGUUCCAGCGGGGGACCUGUGCGCGAGGCGAGACGGACUGCCGCUUCGCCCACCCCAGCGACAGCCCCAUGAUCGACACCAGUGACAACACCGUCACCGUCUGCAUGGACUACAUCAAGUCGCGCUGCUCCAGGGAGAAGUGCAAGUACUUCCACCCCCCUGCACACUUACAGGCCAAAAUCAAAUCCUCUCAACACCAGGUCAACCAUACGGCUGUGGCAGCCCAGGCAGCAGCUGCAGCCAUGACUCAGUCGACUGCCAAAGCAAUGAAGCGAACCUUCGAGGCAACUGUAGACCUGCAGGCAUUCCCUUAUGGCUGCCUGCAGCCCCUACCAAAGAGACAAGCUCUGGAGAAGAACCACGGGGCCAGCUCCUUCUUCAACCCCAGUAUGUUGCACUACCAGCAGGCUCUGGCCAAUGCACAGCUCCAGCAGACAGCUGCGUUCUAUCCCACAGAUCAUCCUCAAGUAACUAACAGGAAAGGAACAGAGUGUCAAGACGCUGCCCUUAGAGGUCCCAAACAGCCCGUCUGUAAAUACUACAUUUGCUCCACAAGAGAACUACAGCAACCUGCAUGCUGAGAAGAAGAUUAGAGGCAAUGUAUAACAUUGAGCUAUGGUAAAAUACAUAUAUAUAUAUGAUAUACCAGUGUUGCUAGGACUACUACCAUUACUGAUAUGUAAAUGUAUGAUUUUAUUAUAUGUAUACACACAUGAUUGGGGAUUCUGAAAAUGUAAUUGUAAAGGUUUUCAACAAUUACUUUUAUGACCUUUUUAAUGUUUUGCUAAAACUACACAACUCACCCAAAUCAAACAUUUUUUUUUUUUGCAGAAUUGAUUGUGCAUCUUAAGUGUUUGAUUCCUUUUAUUUAAAACAGACCAUUGAAACGCUUUCUUGUUUUUACCCCAUAUACAAAUGUACACUUGGCCUGUGCAUCAGGCUGGAAGGAGUGCUCUUCUUGUUCUUGUAAAGGAUGAAUGUGACGGAGGAUGUAUAGUCUGUUGUUGUUUAUCCGAUGGUUGUUCUCUGAGUAUAGGAUCACUGCUCCCCCUCCCGGUGUGCCUUGGUCCCUUUAUGAUGAAGGAAUAAGACAUUCUUCUACCUUUAUGGUGGCCAAAUGGCAGUGAUAUAAUCAGCCACUAAUUCCAGAAUUGAUCAUGAAUCUAGCGAUCACUGGUUCCAAGUGUCUGUUUGCGUUGCACUGUUUGCGUUAUGUCUAUUGGGCCUUGAGUAUUUUAGCAUUCAUCCAAGAAAUACCAGAUGUGCCAAUGACCUAGCAGAGUGAUUGGUGGGCUGAAAAUAAGCCACCUUAGAGGAUUUGAAAGUCUUGAGUAAGAGUUUGGUGAGCUAUUAGACAUUUAAAGGGUGAGGUGGUUUUACUCCGAGGCCACAGACAUUUAAAGGGUUAGGUGGUUUUACCCCGAGGCCACAGACAUUUAAAGGGUUAGGUGGUUUUACUCCGAGGCCACAGACAUUUAAAGGGUUAGGUGGUUUUACCCCGAGGCCACAGACAUUUAAAGGGUUAGGUGGUUAUACUCCGAGGCCACAGACAUUUAAAGGGUUAGGUGGUUUUACUCCGAGGCCACAGACAUUAAAGAGGGAACAGAAUGAUAAGACUUCAAAAGAAAGGUACAGUACAUGUGGUGAUCUUUGUUUAAAAGGCUGACUUACACACGACGGGAGGUCACUUGUUGAUCCGGUCUUAUUUUAACUGUAGAAGUGCCUAAAGUAAUGUGUAUAUAACAUGCAUCUUCAAAAAGGCUGUGUGAAAAAAAAAAUAUAUAUAUUCCAAAUUUAAAUAGAAAACCCUCACAAUUUCUCAAAACACUCCACACUCUGACAAUAAUCACUUCUGGAAGAAAAUGAACACCUGUUUUGUGUGAUGUGAAUUCAGUGCAUUGGUACUCUUUGUACAGCGGGUUAGUUUUCACUGCUUUAACUUUUCAUUGAUCAUUGACUUUUUAUUUUAAACAUUUUUUUAAAUGUCAAUAUCUGACAGAUCUGAACAUGACUGCUUUGGCAUGAUGUUCAGUGAGGGUUCAUUAUGUAACAUGGUUUAGCUUCAUGAGUUGAAUGUUUUUUUUUUUUUGCGACUAAAAAAAGUGAUUGGAGGUUAGAAAACCGGAUAUGUAUUGUAAUUCUAUGUUGCUAACUCAUUCUUCUCUUUAUACAGCUGUCUUUAUCAUAUCCUCACGUUUACUGCAUUGAUAUCAUAGUCUAACAUCUUUCAAGUCUAACAUCUUUCAAGUAGAAUGUAUCACAAUACAUGUUUUGGUGGUAGGACGUGGUCACAUUACAAAUGUAAUGAAACUCGUAUAACUCUACAUAUAUUAUUGUCAAAGCUUCAUUGUAUUUACAAACUGGUCUAUAAAACUAGCACUUACAAACAGAAGACAGAUUUAUCCACCAGUGCAAAGUCUAUACAUGUUAUUUACAGUAGGGUAUAAAAGACUAAUGAAGCCAGUUAUUUACAGAAGGAUAUAAAAGAUGAAAAUAAAGUAAAAAAUAUUGAACUAUUUACAAUUUAUCUACGCAUACCAUUAUUUUACCUUUUUGCUCAAACUUGUAUGUUUUAUUUACUCUUGAAAUAACAGUUUAAAAAAAUUCACACAGGUGCAAACUCGAAAUGUUACCCAGUCUUUCAUUCUCCCCUUUUCAUUUUGUGUGUGAGUGAAAUCUGUCUGUAAAAAUUAAAAAAAAAAAAAAAAAACUCAACAGUAUCACAAGGAGAUUUUUUUUCCCAUGAUGUUUGAUCAAUUCAGACAAUCAACAGUGAGACUCCUUCACUCAUGUCCUUUCCAUCUGUCUUUUUCCAUCACUUUUUUUAUUUAAGAUUUUCAGAAAAGUUCAUUUUUAUGUAACGUUUGAUGGAAAUAAAUGGAAUAUACUUAGUUUUAUUUGUUUAACAUUAGUUAUUGAACAAUGUUGUAUUCUAUUUUAAAAUGAAUGUAAUUUAUUAAGCUGAGCUUUGCUCUGCUGGUGGUUCCUCAAAGGACCUGUCCUGUCACGUUAGCCUAUGAAAAACCAUCUGUGAUCAGGGAUGGAAUGUUGGAGCUGCCAAUGGUAAGCUUUCACAUCUCGUCCUUGUCACUGCCUUGUCACUUAUACAGGACAACACACUGCAGUACGAGCAAGGUUGUAGAAUUGCUUUUAUUAUGUAUAAAAACUGUUUAUUGUAGAGGUCACAGUCUACCAAAAAAAUAAACAUUUAAGUUAAUGUACUUUUCAUUGUAGUACAGUAUAAUUUCAUAACUAUAUUAAUUUUUCUCCUAAAGUUGCAAUUACGGAAGCUCUGUAUUUUUGGAAAUUAUGUAAUUGUUAUGCAUUUCUAGAGCACUGCAACACACUAGAUUGUAUUGCCGGAAUCUGAACAUUUCCUAUGUUAUGGCAAAAACAAUAUUUUCAAAAUCAUGUUGCCUUGGUAUCACAAAAUAUUCAUUUUGCAUUUGACAGCCAACCCAUGGCAUUUACAUACAUACCCAUUAAUACAUGCUCUAAUCUUUCUAUUCCACCAGAUAAAAAGUGUCCCUCGACUCAUACAAAGGGAAAACUCAAAGCACUUUUGUUAAACAUAUAGUCUUGGGUAUGGCUAAUGUGGCAGUGAUUCUCCUAAAUUAUGUCAAUGUUUCUAUGAAAAUGUUUAUUUCAGUGUUUAAUUUCAACUUGAUUUUUGCUAAAUGUUUUGAAUGUUGUUAUAGCUAGUUAAAUCUGCACCUGAAAGUCAGUCGACAUUUUAGAUCACCCAAUCAAAAGAGUUGGACAGUCAGAUUGUGUUCACUUUUACUGACCCAAUAGUAACAGGAUUCCUUAGCACUUUGUGAACAGUUGGUAAACUGAUCUGAGCAGACUAGCUUAUUAGUGAUCUUUGCCUUGCCUUUUGAUGUAUUGUUCUUUAAGUUGUUAUGUGUUAGGACUCAUGAAAUAUUAAGGAUUGUAAUUAGUCUAUUGCAAUUUGUGAAAUAUGCUGUUUUAAUUCUCACUACAGUACAUUUUCAUUUUGAGGUCAAAAUGGUAGAUUGUAAAGAGUGCAGUCAAAUAUUUCACUGAGAAAAGCUUGAUGAGAACUGACAGGUGCCAUUCUAAAUGGUGGUGCUACAGUUACUGCAGGGUUAUGUUUAAACUGCUGUGCUGGUUCACAUAUGGUUCCAUCUGUAGUGCCGUACUCUAGAACAGAGGGGACAAACCCUUACUAAUUUUGAAUCUGUUCAUGUGGCAAUUUUAAAUGUUUUAUUUGUGCUCAUUUAUGUUAUAUACAGUAGUUUUGGUAAAUGCAAAAUUGUGUAAAAUCUAAUGUUAAAAAAUAAAUAAAAGUUUAAGUAAA